UGUCUCCGACGGACACAUGCUUCGGUCUGUGAAAAGGUACGUCACGAGAAUGGAAAACACGCGAUGUUUGGAAGCAAACUGCUGCUGCAUGAUGUGUCGUGAACAUUAGAGAGUUAACCGUUUCGGUUUCAGUCAUUAUUUCAGGAGCUAACGCAAACAUUAUCUAUAUCGUGGUCCAACGAGGAAGUUUAAUUGCUAAACAGUGGAUAUGCAGCCUGCAACAGCCAAGUGGUAUGACAGACGAGACUCUGUUUUUAUAGAGUUCUGCGUGGAGGACAGUAAAGAUGUAAAAGUACAUUUUGACAAGUCCAAAUUUGAUUUCAGCUGCAUCACUGGAACAGAUAAUAUCAAACAACAGAAUACUGUGGACCUUUUCGGGGAGAUUGACCCCAAAGGCUCUAAAUACAGGCGCACUGACAGGUCUGUGUUGUGUUGUUUACGAAAAGCGGAGCCUGGGAAAUCAUGGCCACGACUUACCAAAGACAAGUCAAAGUGCAACUGGCUGAGUGUGGACUUCAAUAAUUGGAAAGACUGGGAGGAUGACUCAGAAGAGGAUUUGUCAAGUUUUGAUAAAUUCUCAGAGAUGAUGAACACAAUGGGAGGGGAUGAUUUACCUGAUUUAGAUGGUGCAGAAGAAGAGCAUGAUUCUGCAGACAAUGACGAUGAAAAAAUGCCUGACCUUGAGUAGAUGAACAUGGAUGCCACCUCAGUAGUAAACAAAGCAAGUUAAAAAGUUGGUUGAAGAGAGAAAUCAUGUUGGAGAAGAGACCUCAUCACUCCACUCAGUUUCCAAUGCGAAACCCCUCAAUGGAGUGACUGUUGGAUACAGACAUGCACAUCCAUAGCGAUCCAUAG